AUGGCCAGCGCGCUGAACUUUCGACGCUCGCAAUUUGCUGACGAUUUCCUGUUCGGGGUCGCAACGUCUGCCUAUCAGAUCGAGGGAUCGUCCUUUGGCGGGGCCGGCCCGUCGCACUGGGACACGUUUGCCGCGACGCCCGGCAACACAGCCAACGCCGAAGACGGCGCAAUCGCCUGCGACCACUAUCACCGCUAUGAGGCCGAUCUCGACCUGAUCGCCGGGGCCAAUCUGGACGCCUACCGGUUUUCGGUGUCCUGGGCACGGGUCAUGCCCGACGGCCGCACGGUCAAUCGCGAGGGGCUCGACUUCUAUGACCGGCUGACCGACGCGAUGCUGGAGCGCGGCAUCAAGCCGAUGCUGACGCUGCACCACUGGGACCUGCCGGCCGCGCUUGCCGAUGAGGGCGGCUGGCGCAACCGCGACGUCACCGACCGGUUCGCGGACUUCACCGGCCAUGUGAUCGACCGCAUCGGCGACCGCAUGGCCGCGACCGGCACGCUCAACGAGCCCUGGUGCAUCGCGUGGCUGAGCCAUUUUCUGGGCAAUCAUGCGCCGGGCCUGCGCGACAUCCGCGCCGCGGCACGGGCAAUGCAUCAUGUGCUGGUCGCGCACGGCAAGGCCGUCGAUGUGCUGCGCGCCGCCGGUCAGGACAAUAUCGGCAUCUAUCUGAACUUCGAGCCCGCCGAGCCGGCGAACGGCGAUGAUGGCGAUGCCGAGGCCGCGCUCCGGUACCAUGCGAUCUACAAUGAGUGGUUCCUCGGCGCGCUGUUCAAGAAAUCCUAUCCGCGCCGGGCAUUGCAGGGGCUGCGGCCGCACCUGCCCGAAGGGUGGGAAGACGACAUGGAGCAGAUCGCACGACCGCUCGACUGGCUGGGCGUCAAUUUCUAUACCCGCAAGCUGAUCGCCCACGAUGCGGCCCAAGCGUGGCCAUCUCUCAAGGAAGUGCCCGGCCCGCUGCCCAAGACCGACAUGGAUUGGGAAAUCACGCCGGAAAGUUUCGAAUGGCUUCUGGGCUGGAUCGCCGAGAGCCACACCGGCGAUCUGCCGCUGAUCGUCAGCGAGAACGGCAUGGCGUCAACCGACGUGCUGCUCAAUGGUGCGGUCGAUGACGGACCGCGCAUCGCCUAUCUGCAGGCCCAUAUCGACGCCAUGCGCCGUGCGAUCGACAACGGCGCUCCGGUCAAGGGUUAUACGGUCUGGUCGCUGCUCGACAAUUACGAGUGGGCGCUUGGCUACGGCAAGCGCUUCGGCAUUGUCCAUGUCGAUUAUGGCACGCUCAAGCGGACGCCCAAGGCAAGCUGGCAUGCGCUCAAGCAGGCGCUGGCGCGCGAUUAG